AUGACCGUCAUUACUUAUUUAAGAUCACUACAUCAGGAGGCACCCUUGCUAUCGAAAAUGAAUUGGCUCCUGCUGAAGAAAGGUGCUGUGUUAUUGCUGUACACCGUAGGAUGUUAUAUCUCCAGCAGCCUGGUGAGCCCACAGGGCCACUUUCCCAAGCUGGAGAACAUAGCGGCCUACAAAAGCGUCACCACUGUGCCAGCCCAGUCCACCUGCGGCAUCCCGGAGAGGAACGCCUUCUGCCAGAGCACCCCGGUCCAGGAGGGCCUGCUCACCUGCACCCAGCAGUUCUGUGUCCAGGAGUGCCCGUACCGGUCCUCCACCCCGCCCUUCAUCAACCUCUUCUCCUUCGGUUUGGGGACCUGCGUGACUGAGGACCACAACGGCCUGCACCCGGGGUCUCCCCUCAACCAGACCAGCCUCAUUUUUCGAAACCAAAGGGAUUGUUUUACCUCCCCUCCUGUGCAGAACCUGGGCCCGGCAAGCUCGUUUACCUUAGCGGUUUGGCUGAAACCCGAGGAAGCGUCUGUAAUGACUGUGGUUGAGAAGAGCAUGGAGGGCAGGGUGGUGUUCCUGCUGACUGCGUCACAGGAGGAGGUGCGGUUUUACUACCGCCUGCAGCAGGGUGUGGUGCUCCCUCUGAAGAUGAGGACCCGGGGGCGCAUCUCUGUGGGCCAGUGGACCCAUGUGGCGCUGCAGGUGCACAGCACGAGCGCCAGCCUCUUCCUGAACGGGCUGGAGGAGGACGACACGGCCUUCGACACGCAGGCGCUGGCGGGACCCGUAGCAGACGCUCAAACCGGUGCCACCGUGCGCAUCGGUCAGGGCUACAAUGGGUCGAAUCAGUUCAUCGGAAGGAUGCAGGAUUUCAGAUUUUAUCCGAUGACUUUAACAAACAGAGAGAUCGUGGAGGUGUUUUCCGGCACCUUCCCUCACCUCCACGCCCAGUCGGAGUGCCGCUGCCCCCCCAGCCACCCCAGAGUGCACCCCCUUGUGGAGAGGUACUGCAUUCCCAAUGAUGCGGAGGACACCACCAACAACCAAGUCCUGAGGCUCAACCUGGACGCCCACUCGCUGCAUUACAUCAACGACAAUGACAUCGGCACCAGCUGGAUCUCCAGGGUCUUCUCCAGCAAGGAUCAGCAGGACAGGGGUGUCACCAUUACCUUUGACCUGGAGAAUGGAGAGUACCAGGUUUUCUAUGUUAUUCUGCAGUUCCUCAGCCCGCAGCCUGAAGCGGUGAGGAUUCAGAGGAGAACGAGCAGCAGCUCUGAGUGGAAAGACUGGCAGUACCUGGCCAGGAACUGCAGCGUCUUUGGGAUGCCGGAUAACGGCCCUUUGGAGGAGCCAGACUCUGUCAACUGCCUGCAGUUUCCCAGUGGUGUCCCUUACUCUCGUGGGAACGUGACCUUCAGCGUGCUCACUCCAGAGCCCAACCUGCGCCGCGGCUACAACGACUUCUACAACACCCCGGCCCUGCAGGAGUUUGUGAGGGCCUCCCAGGUGAGGGUGCACCUGCGGGGCCAGUACCACACCCGCCAGCCCGGCGUGCACCUCCGGCACAGGUACUACGGAGUGGACGAGGUCACCGUCAGCGGCAGGUGUGACUGUCACGGCCACGCGGACCGCUGUGACACCGGCCUCCGCCCGUACCGCUGCGACUGCCUCCCAGAGAGCCACACUCAGGGACGCAACUGUGAGCGCUGUGAACCCCUGUAUAACGACAAGCCGUUUCGGGCGGGGGACCAGGUGCAGGCCUACAACUGCCGCCAGUGCCAAUGUCACGGCCACGCCUCUUCCUGUCACUAUGACCACACCGUGGACCCCUUCCCUGGGGAGCACUUCCGGGGCGGGGGAGGGGUGUGUGACCACUGCCAGCACAACACCACAGGACGGCACUGCGAGUUGUGCCAGAGUUUGUUCUUCAGAGAGGUGGACGCUGACCCAACAGCGCCGGACGUGUGCAAGCCAUGCGACUGCCAUGCGGAGGGGACGGUCAACGGCAGCCUGGAGUGUGACCCGAUCGGAGGCCAGUGUAAGUGCAGACGACAUGUGUCUGGCAGACAGUGCAAUCAGUGCCAACACGGAUUCUACAAGCUCCACUCCUCGCACCCUGACGGCUGCCGGGCCUGCAACUGCAAUACCGCGGGGACCGUGCAGGCAGAUAUUACCUGUCACCAGGCUUCAGGUCAAUGCCAGUGCAAGGCAAACGUAAUCGGCCUCACCUGCGACCGCUGCGACUUCGGGUUCAAGUUCCUGAACAGCAGCAACCCUGAGGGGUGCGCCCCCUGUGGCUGUGACCGGAACGGCGCCCUGCAUCAGUUCUGCAACCCCUUCGUGGGGCAGUGUGAGUGCAAGCCUCAGGUUCGAGGACUGCUGUGCGACACCUGCGCGCCCAGCUUUUACGGCCUGAGCACCGGCGGCACCUGCAGGCCCUGCGACUGCAGCCCCGAGGGGACCCUGCCGGGACGGCCCUGCCACCCCGAAACCGGCCAGUGCCCCUGUAAGCCGCACGUGGAGGGCCGGCGGUGUGACACCUGCAAGGACGGCUUCCACAGCCUGGACAGGAGCAACCCCGUGGGCUGCCUGUCCUGCCAGUGCGACCCCCGCGGCUCCAUCAACGCCUCCAACGUCUGCAACAAGACCACCGGCCAGUGUCCCUGCAAGGCCAGCGUGCAGGGGGCCCAGUGCGUCCGCUGCGCCCCUCACUCCUAUAACCUGUCCACCGCGGCGGAGCCCACCGGCUGCCAGGCGUGCCGGUGCGACCCGGCGGGCACCGUGCCCGCAACGGUGUGCGACCCGGCCAGCGGGCAGUGCGUGUGCCUGCCCACCCGCUACGGCCAGCGCUGCGACAUGUGCCAGCCAGGCUUCUUCCUGUCCCCGCUGGGGCCGAGCGGGUGCGAGCCGUGUGACUGUCACCCCGUGGGAGCCCUGGGCCACGCCUGCAGCGCAGCGACAGGCCAGUGUGUGUGCGGACACCCCUCUCUCACGGGACACAGGUGUGACCGCUGCCAGGAGAUGCACUUCGGCUUCAACCCUGCGACCGGCAGGUGUGAGGAUUGUGGCUGCGAUCCUGUCGGCAGCUUCAAUGGGUCCUGCAACCCUCAGACCGGCCAGUGCAUCUGCAAGCUGUUUGUGACCGGAGACAAGUGUGACACCUGUGUCCAAGGGGCCAGCCACAUGGAUCCCAGCAACCAGCUGGGUUGCAGCAAAGCCCCAUCCCAGCAACCUCCUCCCACAGGUGCUGUUCUGAACUUUAGCGCCAUCCAGCUGACCUGGAGCCCGCCGGACUCCCCCAACAGCAACGCCCUGACCUACACUCUCCUGCGAGACGAGGCGGAGAUAUACACCACCCAGAGCCUCCACCCAUUUGAGUCGCAGGCUUUCAGUGACGUUGGCCUGGCUCCGUACACGCUGUACUCGUACCGUUUGGUGACGCGUAACGUUCGGGGCGAGGAGAGCAGCGCGGCGGUGCGGUACCGCACGCUUUCGGGAAUCCCCACCCCGGAGCAGCUGCAGCUGGCCCUCAUGGGCCGGGCCGGGCCCACCAGCAUCGCCCUCAACUGGACGGGCCCCCGGAACACCACGGGCCCCCUGGAGAAGUACGUCCUGAGCUCUGUGGAAGCGGCCGGCGGGGGGGAGGAGAGAGUGCACUAUAGCGGCCUGCAGACGGAGGCGCUGGCCGACGGCCUGACCCCCUUCACCCGCUACAACUUCACCCUGCAGGCCUGCACCAACAGCGGCUGCGCCCAGACCGAACCCUUGGGCGUGGUCACCGCCCAGGUCGCCCCGAGACUGCAGGCCGCACCCCACGUCAGCACCGCCGGGCCCACCUCUCUCCAGGUGGACUGGGAACCCCCCACACAGCCCAACGGUGUGAUAAUCAGGUAUGAUCUUAUCAUGCGUGGGCCCAUCGAGUCACAGGAGACUGCAAACACUUCCAUCCCAGAGCGACGGGUUUUCACCAGCAGCGGUUGGCUGAAUCCGCUGUCAGUCCUGGACUCAGCCAAUGAGAACAGUCUGACCCCGCCUCAGAGCAGCGCCUUGGUGUCAGACCUCCGGCCCUUCUCCUCCUACCAGUUCAGGGUGCUCUCGGUCAACAUGGCCGGCAGCGUGCUGUCCGAUUGGGCAACGGGACACACAGCCGAGGGGGCACCGGAGUACAUGCCAGCACCGCAGGUGUCCCCUCUGUCCUCGUCCUCUCUGAAGAUCAGCUGGGAGACUCCCCGGGACGCUGACGCCCGAGGCGUGGUGACCGAGUACAGAGUCAGCAUCCACCAGGAGCAGACCGCCAGCCAGUUUGCUCCCCCUGUGAUAUCUCAGGUCCUCCACAGCACGUCCCCAGAGGAACGGUCAUACGUGGUAGACGGGCUGAAGCCCUACCGGGCGUACAACUUCACAGUGACUGUGUGCAACAGCCAGGGCUGCGUGUCGAGCCGGCCUGUCUCCGGACACACCCUGCCGGCCGCUCCAGAAGGAUUAAGUUCCCCUAAAUUAAAGGGAUUGAGUCAGACAGUGAUGGAGGUGUCCUGGGACCCUCCGCGAGAGCUGAACGGGCCACCCCCUCUGUACCAGGUGGAGCGGACAGACGCGUCUCUCUCUGACCCCCUCGCCCCCGUCCUGCGAGGAACCCGCUUCCCAGGGCACGGGUACUACAGGCUCCCCAGCACGGCACUCCCUGUCAACACCUACUUUACAGGCCUGGAGCUGACCUUCCGCACGAGAGCGGGGGAGGGGCUGAUCCUGUGUGCCGUUUCCGCGGGCGACCAGGAGGAGUAUGUGGCGCUGCAGAUGCACAACGGCCGUCCUUUCUUCCUCUUCGAUCCCCAGAACUCUGCUGUGGCCAUCAGUCCUGAGGACGACGGAGGAAAGCGAUACGAUGACAACCAGUGGCACCGUGUUGUUGCUACCAGACAGCAGGCCGUGGGAACGAUCAUUGUGGACAAUCAAUACCGAGGCUCUGCCUCGGCUACAAGCGGAAGCACCAUUAUAGGAGAGAAUACAGGCCUCUUUAUUGGUGGCCUUCCAGAGGAUUUUCUCCUUCUCAGAGAGGAUACAGGGGAUGCCCGGCUGGUGCGGCAGGGCUUCUCCGGCUGCCUGAGGGACGUGCUGGUGAAAUGGAGCGACAGUCCCUCGGAGACAUGGGCGCCGCUGGACUGGGGUACAGCUCUGGAGAGGGUGGAGGCCUAUGAAAGCUGGGAGGGGUGUCCGGCCCACACGGAGGCCGGGGCGCACUUUCUCGGACAAGGAUUCCUGGAACUCCAGCCAUCUUUGUUCUCUGGUGGAGAGAACUUCGAGAUUUCCUUCGACUUCAGAACAGACCAGCUGAACGCACUGCUGCUGUUUGCGUAUGACACAGAAGGGAAUGACUACCUCAUGGCGGAGCUGGAGGGAGGGAUACUCACCUGGGCAUUGCACUGGGGGGGUCACCUGACCCAGGUCAGCCUUUGGGUCGGGCUGUCCUAUUGCGACGGGGGCUGGAAUCGAGUCUCACUGCUCAAAAGGGGCGUUCUGGCCGCCGCCACCAUGAACGCGGCGUCCGAGCAGCAGCCCGGAGUGGUGGGGGGGUCACUGAGGGUCAGCUCGGCCCUCUACCUCGGGGGUGUCCCGGCUGGCCUGGCCAGAGGAGACCUCUCCGGUCUAAGCCUGCUGCAUGGGUUCGGUGGCUGUAUCAGGGAUGUUAGACUGACGCAGGGGGCUGCGGUGGACCUGGCGGCUGCGUCCAGCCGCGCUGUCAGAGUCAAUCUGGAUGGAUGCCUGUCAGCCGACAGCGCCGUUAACUGCAGGGGAAACGACUCCAUCCUGGUGUACACAGGCCGGGACAGGAGAGCGGAGGACAGCGGCGUGCAGCCCUUCUCCGAAUACCUGUACAGGGUGAUGGCAUCUGGAGAGGGAGGCUGGACCUCUGGCCCCUGGGUCCGCAGCCGCAGCAUGGAGACAGUUCCUCAAAGUGUGCUGACUCCCUCCAGAGUUGCCUGCGUAAAUGGUUAUAGUGCCGAGGUGAGCUGGGACGAGCCUGCUGAGGUCAGAGGUGUAAUUGAGAAGUACAUUGUGAAAGCGUACAAUUGGGACGAUCCCACCCGGGCCCCAGUCAGCGCCACCUUCCCACACACUCAGCACCUGACAGGUAAUAUAAGCGGCCUGGCACCUUUCACCCGUUAUGCAGUGACCCUGACGGCCUGCACUCGGGCAGGGUGCUCGGAAAGCCUGGGCGGCAGGAACAUCAGCACUCCGCAAGAGGCUCCUGAGGAGGUCAGCCCCCCCAACGCCAUCCCGUACCCCAACGCCCUUUCCCUGUACUGGGGUCCCCCCAAAAAACCCAAUGGGGUCAUCACAGAAUACAUCCUGUACAAGGACAGCUCGCUCAUCUACAGAGGCAACAGCACUGAGUUCAACAUCACUGGUCUCAGUGUGUACAGCUCUCACUGGCUGGUCCUGACCGCCUGCACCUCUGCUGGCUGCACCAACAGCUCCCAGACCAUCCUGUUCACCGCCCAGCUGCCCCCCUCCCACAUGGACCCCCCUGUCCUCACCGUGCUGGACUCCCACAGCGUAUACGUGCAGUGGUCUGCACCCAUGGAACUUAACGGGGUCCUGGAUUUCUACACGCUGUACCUGUCUGUCCAGGGGGGAGAACCCAUCGGGGUGUACAACAGCUCUGAGCUGUUUGAAGACCACACCCUGCGCAACCUGGUCCCAGGAACCACCUACCGCUUCCAGAUCGCUGCCUGCACCGGGGGUGGCUGCACCGUCAGCGCCCCCAGCGUCGCCCACACGGAGGAGAGCACCCCCGAAAGCGUCCCCGCCCCGACCAUCAUGUCCCCGUCCCCCGACUCCUUCUACGUGUCCUGGACCCCUCCGUUGAAGCCAAACGGUGUGAUCACCAGCUACGGGCUGUGGAUGAACGGGGUGCUGGUGCAGAACUCCUCGCAGCUGCACUGCCAGGUCGGCGACCUGUCGGCCUGGAGCCUGCACAGCUUCCGAGUGCAGGCCUGCACGGUGAAGGGCUGCGCCCUGGGGCCGCUGGUGGAGAGCCGGACACUGGAGAUGGCUCCUGUGGGGAGUGUGGACCUGGAGGUGGCUGUGGAGGGACCGCGCUCCAUCAGAGCCAAGUGGCUGAGUCCCAACAAGCCCAACGGGAACCUGACUUACACUGUGCUGUUCACCGGAGCCUUCUACCAGCACUCAGCCCUGAACUCCUCUGUAGAGACAGACACUCGAGCUCUCCACAGCAGCACUGAGGCAGGGCGGUGGGUGACCAUCGGCGGGCUGCUGCCCUUCUCCAACUACACCGUGAGAGUCAACGCCUGCAACAGCCAGGGCUGUGUGAAGAGUCAGACCGCUGCCGUCACACUGCCCCCUGGGGCUCCAGAUGGCGUGAUGCCCCCCAGGCUGGCAGCUGCCACCCCGGCCUCUCUGCAGGUCGGCUGGUCCGCGCCCGUGCGCUACAACGCCCCGGGACCGCUCCGGUACCGGAUCCAGAUGAGGGCCGUCGCCGCCUCCAACCGCAUCCGAGAAUUGCUGGACACUGAAACCACCUCCUUCAGCCACACGGUGGAGGGCCUGCAGCCGUACACUGAGUACCAGUUGAGGCUGGUGGUGUCCCACGGCCAUGGGGAAACAGCCAGCGAGUGGGUCAGCUUCGUCACCACUCAGGACCGUCCUGGACCAGUGGACCCACCAAUGGUGUCAGACAUACAGCCUAAAAGUGUCACCAUCUCUUGGCGCCACCCCUCCAGACCCAACGGAGUCAUCACCCACUACAACAUCUACCAGAACGCCCAGCUGAGAGCCACCGUCCCGGGCAACAGCACAGUCUACAUGGUGUCCCACCUGCAGCCCUACCAGGAGUACACCUACCAGGUGGAGGGGUGCACGGCGAUGGGGUGCACCCUGUCCGCCUGGUCCCACACCUUCCGCACCCCGUCUGCUCCUCCAGAGGAUGUCCCCGCCCCCCAGCUCUACUCGGACACGCCCACCUCCGUGCUGCUGUCCUGGGGGCGGCCACUGCGGCCCAACGGGGAGCUGGAGGGGUACGUGAUUGAGCGGAGAGUCAGCGGCACCCAGCAGGUCUCCACUGUGGCCACCGUGCAGGCCGACCAGCCCCUCAGCUACCUGGACAGCUCAGCCGCUCUCAGCCCCUGGACCAGCUAUGAGUACCGGGUGGUGGCCAGCACCCUGCAGGGAGGGUCCAACAGCAGCGUCUGGCAGGAGAUCACCACCAGGCCCUCCAGACCCGCCGGCCUGCGGCCCCCCAACGUGCUCAUCCUGGGGCCCCACUCAGUCCAGGUCACAUGGAGCCCCCCGCUGAUGGCGAAUGGGGAGAUCGAGCGGUACGAGAUCCGCCUGCCGGACCCGCACAUCUCCGUCACCAACACGUCAGCGCUCAGCUACACCGUCACCAACCUGGUGCCCUACACCAACUACAGCAUCACUAUUCUGGCCUGCUCUGGCGGGGGCGGCCAUGUUGGUGGCUGCACCGAGAGCCUUCCCACCCUUGUAACUACAUUUCCCACAAUCCCACAAGGCUUAGGGCAGCUGUCCAUCACCGCUGUCAGUGAGUCGUUCCUUGCUGUGUCCUGGCAACCACCACUGAGGCCAAAUGGGCCCAAUGUGAGAUAUGAGCUUCUGAGACGGAAAGCUCGGCAGCCCCUGCUCCCCCUUCCCCCCGAAGAUUUGAAUCUGUGGUACAAUGUUUACGCAGGAGCCAAAUUGUUUCACGAAGAUAAAGGCCUUAGCAGGUUUACCACCUACGAGUACAAGCUGCUGGUGCACAACGAUAUAGGGUAUGCCUCUGGGGAGGUGGCUACGGCUACCACGCUGGCAGGGGUACCCCGCACCCCGAGCAAUGUCUCCGCAAUAGCUCUCAAUCAUACCGCCAUCCAAGCCAACUGGACCACUCCGACACUUCAGGAUCUGCAAGGCAUGGUGGAGCUCUACACCCUCUGGGUAAACUCCUCCGACCUCAGCCAGUCCUUCACCUUUCCCCCGGGAGUCACCUCCACGGUGGUGGGGGACCUGCGGCCCAACACCCAGUACCGGGUCUCCCUCCAGGUCUUCAACGGGGCCCACACUGUGACCAGCGACGAGGCUGUCUGCACUACCACUGACGGGGAGCCAGAAGGGGUGUUCCCUCCUGAAGUGCUGACCCUGAACAGCACCGCGGUGAGGGUGCUGUGGGCGGCACCCCUCGUCUCUAACGGAGCGGUCACAGAGUACGCCGUCUACCUGGAUGGCCAGCGCCAAGUGACAGGCACAAACGUGCCUGGAUCAUACGAGCUGGGGGGGCUUCUGCCCUUCACUGUCUAUGACAUCCAGGUGGAGGUGUGCACAGUGUAUGCCUGUGUGAAGAGUAACAGCACUCAGGUGACCACUGUGGAGGACCUGCCUGCUGACAUCGCUGCACCCCACAUCCAGGGGUUCAGCUCAAGGUCAGUGAGGGUGGAGUGGGCGUCGCCGGGCCAGCCCAACGGCAUCAUGCUGGGUUACGACCUGCGGCGCCGGAGCCUGCAGUCCUGCGAGCGAGCGCGGGCGGGGCAGGGGGCCGGCACAGAGGCCCGCUGCUCCUACUUGGAGUGCCCCGUCCAGGAGAGCGUGUGUGGGAGCUCCUGCUACCAGCCAGAGCACCAGGUUUGCUGUGAUGGGGUGGUCUUCAGCAGAAAGUCCUUCCAUCGGUGUUGCCAGGACCGUUAUGUGCCGGCCCUCAAUACCUCCCAUGAGGUUUGUUGCGGGGGACAGCUUCUGUCUCCCCUUCCGGAUCACCAGUGCUGUGGAGGGUAUUACAUUCCUGUACUGCCAGGCGAGGUGUGCUGUCCGAACCCUGACCAGAUCCGCGUGUCGGUGGGGCUGGGAGACUCCUGCUGUGGGGGGAACCCCUUCUCCCUCUCUGGGGGGCAGAUCUGCUGCAGGGGCAAGCUCCAUGAUGGCUUCCAUUCCCAGUGCUGCGGGGGACAGGUGUUGGGCGGAGAUAUGAUCUGCUGUGGAGAUGAAGAGAGAGGGACAGCGUACACACCCAUAUCAGGCAUGUCAUGCUGCGGGUCGGACUACGUCAACGCCUCGGGCGCGGUGUGCUGCCGUGGCCGUGACGGAGCGGCCCGGGCACACCCCGUGGGGAACGGCGCGGCAUCGGUGAGGUGCUGCGGGACCGACCUCAUCCUGCAGGAGGAGGGGUGCUGUAACGGUGCAGGGUACAACCCUCUGAAGCACGUGUGUGCCGACAGGCCCUCCCCUGGCCUCCACAUGCAGGAGGAGUGCCGGCCCAGCACUCUCUGUCCCCUCUCCGCCGCCGCCGGCGCCUACUGUGGCACCUGCCACUUCAACUCCACCCUCUCCAUCUGCACCUGGGUGAUGGGGAUGCCCCCGGCCCCGCCUUCCCCCUCCGACCCGGCCCCGCCCUCUCCAACUGCUCACGGCGAGCUGUGCCCCUCCCUCGAGGACAUCGUCUACACCGGAGCCGCAAACAGAUACACCUUCACAGACACAGACCUGGAGCCGCACACCGUUUAUGAGUACAGGGUGGGGGCCUGGAACAGCUUCGGCCGCAGCUUCAGCCCCCUCGGCCGGGUCACCACCAAGGAGGACGUCCCCUGGGGGGUGAGCGCGCCAAACUGGAGGCGUGUUGGGGACCGCGACGACAUCAUCCAGCUGGACUGGCGCCCACCCACCAAACCCAACGGUGAGAUCAGCCGCUACGUGGUUUUGCGGGACGGGCAGGAGCGCUACACGGGCACCGAGUCCAGCUUCACCGACGUGGGCGGGAUCCGGCCCUUCCAGGAGUACGAGUACCAGCUGAGGGCCUGCACCUCCGCGGGCUGCUCCAACAGCGCCAAGGUAGUGGCGGUGACCGUCCAGGGAGUUCCGGAGAAUGUCCCGUCUCCGACGGUGAGUGCCCUGGGCCCGAGGGCCCUGCAGCUGAGCUGGGGCCCUCCCGCCAAGCCCAACGGCAUCGUCCGGGAGUACCGCGUGAAUCAGAGCGGCGCGGGGGUCAUCUUCACCGACAGCAGCGGAGCCAUGCGCCACACCGUCACAGGCUUGCAGCCCCACACCGAAUACAGCUUCCUGCUGAUCGCCUGCACAUCCGCGGGCUGCGGAGCAAGUCAGCCAUCUACGGGCCGCACGCUGCAAGAUGCCCCAGCAGGUGUGUGGGUCCGACCACGUCACGUGGUUCUGAACUCCUCUGCAGUGGAGCUGUACUGGACCAAGCCCCUGGAGCCCAACGGGCUGGUGUCCCAGUACCAGCUGCUGAGAGACGGGACGUUGGUCUUCUCCGGAGACAGUGAGAACCUGAACCACACAGACGCUGGUCUGAAGCCCAACAGCAGGUAUGUGUACGAGCUGGUGGCCAGCACAGGUGGGGGCAGCCGCCGCAGUGACAGGUACGUGAUUCAGACCCCGGCCUCGUCCCCAGAGAGGAUCCCGCCCCCGCAUGAUGUCACCGUCACCGGCCCUCGCUCCAUCUUUGUCGCCUGGACGCCCCCAGAGGUGUUCAACAGCAGCCUGCCCCUGGAAUACAACGUCCUGCUGAACUCCGGCAGCGACCAGGCUCUGAUCCGAGCCGCAGGACGGGACCAGUUCCUCCUGCUGGACGGCCUCGACCCGUUCACGCGGUACCAGAUCCGGGUGCAGGCGUGCCAGCAAGGUGGGUGUGGUGUGGGGCAGUGGGUCUACGCACAGACCUCCGAGGCCGUCCCAGAAGACCAGGCCCCCCCCACAGUCACGGCCGUGGGGCCCGCUGUUAUUGAAGUCAGCUGGAACCCCCCACACAAGCCCAAUGGCCUCAUCAUAGCCUACUUCAUACACAGGCGACCGGCUGGCACACAGGAAGAGCUCCUGGUCUUCAUCUGGUCGGAGGGCCCUCUGGAGUUCAUCGACGCCUCCAACACCCUGCAGCCCUUCAGCGAGUACGAGUACCGGGUGCGAGCGCAAAACACCCAGGGCUCCACCCACGGCCCCUGGGCCUCCACCCUCACCAUGGAGGCGGAGCCAGAGGGCAUGGCCGCGCCCACUGCCACACCCACCAGCGCCUACUCGGUUCUGCUCAACUGGACCCAGCCCAGCCUGCCUAAUGGCAUCAUUUCCCAGUACAAGGUUGUCUACCAGAGGCAUCAGAGCGACCCCACCCUCAACGCCUCCUCCAUCACUGCCCUCACCCUGCCCGGCAGCAGUCAGCAAGCCCACGUGUUUGGCCUGGAGCCCUACACCAUCUACAGCCUGCGCGUGGAGGCGGCGAAUGGGGCCGGCAGCGUGUCCAGCCCCUGGAGGGUGGUCCGCACCCUGGAAGCCUCGCCCAGUGGCCUGGCCAACUUCACCGUGGAGAAGAGGGAGUCUGGCCGGGCCCUGCUGCUGCACUGGCCUGAGCCCGCCAAACCCAACGGGGUCAUCAAGAUGUACAGCAUCUUCAGUGAGGACAACCUGGAGUUCAGCGGUCUGUCUCGCCAGUUCCUCUUCCGUCGGCUGGAGCCCUACACCGUCUACACUCUGGUCCUGGAGGCCUGCACCAAAGCGGGCUGCACCAGAACCGCCCCGCAGCCUGUCACCACAGAAGAGGCCCCGCCCUCCUCCCAGCCCACGCCCGUCGCCAGGUGGGUGGGGGCCGACGGCGUGGAGCUGAGCUGGGAGCGACCCGCCCAGCCCAACGGCAGGAUAUCCCAGUACCAGGUGAUUGGCUGGAGCCAGGAGGCAGGGCAGCUGGAGGGUGAGGAGGAGGAGGAUUCUUGGCAGGUCGUGUUCAGGGAGAACAAUACCCAAAGAGACAGUUUCAGCCAUAACAUCACUGGUCUGAGACCGUGGACCAGGUACAAGUUCCGGGUGCGAGUGGUGAACACAGCCGGCCAUAAGGACAGCGCCUGGACAACAGUGCAGACCAGACAGGCCCCCCCGAAAAGGCUCGCCCCGCCCACUGUGACUCACGUGGAGGGCAAGCCCCAUGAGCUGCUGGUAUCAUGGAGACCCCCGGAGGAGGCCAAUGGAGUUCUUCUGUCCUACAGACUCCAAAGGGACGAUUCCAGCUUCCACUUCAGCUUUGACUCCAGCGUGCUGAGCUACACUGACGAGGACCUGGCGGCUAACACCCGCUACAGCUACGCAGUCAUCGCCUGCACUGCGGCUGGGUGCAUCACGAGCCCCCCCACAGAGAUCAGGACUCUAGAAGCCCCGCCUCCCACAGUGGUGCCACCCACAGUGACCAGCGUCUCAUCGCACCACAUAAACACGUCCUGGACCGCCUCCCCUGUGGAGAACGGGGACAUCACCAGGUACGCCCUCCAGGUGAAUGGGGAGGAGGUCUACAGCGGGAGGGGCCUGCACACGCUGGUCUCGGGGCUGCAGCCGCACACGCACUACCAGCUGGUCCUGGUGGCCUGCACUAACGGUGGCUGCACGGCAAGCUCUCCCACAGCUGCCCAGACAAAGGAGGCCCCUCCCAGCAGCAUGCAGCCACCCAGCCUAAAGGUUACAGGCUCCGGGUCGGUGGAGAUCACCUGGACCCAGCCGGAAUUCCCCAAUGGGGUCAUCAGGGGCUACGAGCUGAGGAGAGAUGGGGUUCCCAUCUACUCCGGCACGGACACCAGGUUCCACGACUUCACCUUGCUGCCCAGCGUGGAGUACAGCUACACCGUGACCGCCAACAACAGCCAGGGCAGCACCACCAGCCCUCUCUCCAAAGCUCGGACCAACCCGUCGGCGCCCUCUGGUGUCAUUCCUCCAAAGCUGAUGCCGUCCAGUCCGGCUGACGUGCUGGUGAUGUGGGACCCCCCAGCCCGCCCCAAUGGGGAAAUCCUCAACUACACCAUCUACAGACGGGACCCCACAGAGCUGAAUGUUGGGAGCUUCACCUACCCCUCCCAACAUACCUCCUUCCACACUCGCUCUGUCUUUCUGUCAGGUCUGAAAGCCUAUCACAGGUACGAGGUGAGAGUAGAGGCCUGUACUCUGCUCGGCUGCGCAGCUAGCGACUGGGCCAGGGUGCAGACACUGGAGGCGCCCCCUGCUGGCCAGGCCGCGCCGCUGAUGGAGCUGCAGACAGAUGCGCACGGGAUACAGACAGUCUUCCUGCUUUCCUGGUCCCCACCCUCCCAGCCCAAUGGGCAGAUCCUGCACUACGAGCUGUACAGGAGGCAAGGCGUGGAGGAGGAGUCACCCGGAGGAGCUACUCUGGUGUACAGGAACGCCUCCACGUCCUGGCACGACACCAAACUGCUGCCCUUCACCUUCUACGAGUACCAGGUGUGGGCGGUGAACUCGGCCGGCCGCUCCGGCAGCCCCUGGACGCGGGGUAGGACGGGUCCCGCUCCCCCGGAGGGCGUGCAGCCCCCCACCUUCCUGCAGGUCCACGCCACGUCUGCCGUGGUGGACAUCACCCCCCCCUCCAAGCCCAACGGCAUCGUCAGCCUCUACAGGGUGUUCGCUAACAGCAAGGACUCGCACACGCUGCUGUCUGAGGGAACGUCCCGGCAGCAGACGCUGCACGGCCUGCGGCCCUUCACGCUGUACUCGGUGGGGGUGGAGGCGUGCACCUGCUACCUGUGCUGCAGCCGCGGCCCCCUGAGCGAGCUGCUGACCCAGCCCUCCGCCCCCUCCCAGCAGCCCCCGCCCCGAUCGCGUUUGCUCACCUCGCGCUCCACGCUGGUGGAGUGGGAGGAACCCCUGUCCCCCAACGGCAUCAUCGAGAGCUGUGAGCUCCACAUCCGAACAUCCUGCCCCCAGCCAGUGCAGCCCGUGCCAGUCCUCUGCACCCCAGGGCAGAGCGAGACACGCUUCUUCGGGAAAGGGCGGAGCUUUAAUAUCACCGGCCUGCAGCCUUACACCAGCUACAACCUGCGUGUGGCCUGUUACAACAACAUGGGCAGCACCAGCUCCGAGUGGACGUCCUUCACCACGCUGAAGGAACCCCCGCAGUACAGAGCCCCCUUCCUGGUGCUCAGUAACCUGACGACGGUGUCGCUGGACUGGAGCCAGUCCUUCUACCUGAACGGGCUGCUGCGGGAGUUCGUGCUGACAGAGAGCGGCCUGCAGCUGUACAGCGGCUUCCACAACUACCUGCACAUCCCACGCACCUCCGAUAAGACCUUCGCCUUCCAGAUCACCUGUACCACAGACAUUGGGAGUGUCAGCAGUCCCGUCAUCAAGUACCACGCUUCGACUGGCAUCGGUACGGUGGAGCCCACGGCGGGGGGGAAGACGGGCCUGCAGGACUCCCACUCCAGAUUCUACACGGAGCUGUGGUUCAUCAUCCUCAUGGCGGUGCUGGGGCUGAUGCUGCUGGCCCUGCUCCUGGGUCUGCUGCUGCAGCGAGCCCUCAGCAAGCCGCCCUUCGUCCGAGAGCGCCCCCCUCUGAUGCCCCUGCAGAAGAGGAGCACCAUGAGUAUGUACGCACCCAGCGACUCCUACCUGUUUGACACGGUGCCCAACUCCACCGACUCCUCCAGCAACGUCACCCUAAAGGCCUUUACAAUGCACCUGGAGGGCCUGACGGACACCAAGAUCUCGAGCGGCAGGACUGGUGUGGGUAACCACAGCUCCCGCGGCAUGCCUGUACUCCGGGUCCCACAUCAGACCCAGCUGAGCCACGCCUACUCCCAGAAUUCCCUGCACCGCAGCGUCAGCCAGCUCAUCGACAACCACGACAAGAAGUCCCUGAUGGAGGACGGGGCGUGGGACCCGGGCGUGCAGGGUCACGACAGCGGGAUGUUUGCCGAGGAUGAGGAGUUUGCUGACGCUAUCAAAGGCUUCAGCACGGUGAGGAAGGAGCACACCAUGUUCACAGACACGCACCUAUAG